CAGGUCCGGGUCCAGGGAGGAGGCGCGUGGCUGGGGGAGGGGCUCCGUGGUGGGAAGCGCGCAGCCAGGCAGGUCUCGGUGCACCGCUGCAGGGCGCGACAACGGCAUGUGCGAGGGCCCGUCCAGCAUCUCGGGGCCCAUCCCCCCAGACCCUACUCUCUGCCCUGAUUACUACCGGCGACCCGCCUCCGCCUUAGGGCGCCUUGAGGGAAACGCACUGAAGCUCGACCUGCUGACCUCGGACCAGGACCUGGACGCCAUCCCGUCCCGUAACCCCCGAAUCAGUCCGGGAGCUCGAGAGAUCUUGGAGCGCGGCCGGCAAGGCGUGGUGGGCGUGCUGUUGCAACUCGGAGACAUCUCCCUAGGUCCAGGGGCCUCUCUCAAGAGGAAAGACCCUAAGGACUAUGAGAAGGAGAACCUGAGGCGGAUCAGGGAGAUCCAAAGACGCUUUAGAGAGCAGGAGCACAGCCGGGAGCAGGGCCAGUCCAGGCCUCUGAAGGCUUUGUGGCGCUCACCCAAGUAUGACAAGGUGGAGUCCCAAGUCAAGGCCCACCUGCAGAAGUCUGGCCCUGCCUCUAGGACAGAGUCUGCCCACUACCUGCGGGCCCACUCACGUUGUGGUCCUGGGCUCCCACCAGCUCGUGUCCCUGGUCCCCAGAUAACCCCACCAAGUCCUAAAGCUAAGGGGCCAGGCCCAGGUGUGGACUUCAUUAGUCACAACGUCCAAGCUGCCAAAAAGGCCCCCCGGCGGCAUUCCCGCUCACUGCAGGUCCUAGCGCAGGUGCUGGAGCAGAAACGGCAAGCCCAGGAGCACUACAAUGCCACACAGAAGGGCCAUGUGCCCCGUUACUUGUUGGAGCGCAAGGAUCUGUGGCGACGGGAGGCUGAGGCCCGCCAGCAAGCCCAGCCUGACCCUGCCAUGCCCCCUGGCCACACUCGCAUGCCAGAGAAUGAGCGACUUGAGACAUUGAGCAAUCUGCUGCAGAGCCAGAACCAGCUGCUGCGUGAGCUGGUACUGCUGCCUGCUGGAGCAGACUCGAUGAGAGCCCAGGGCCACCGUGCUGAGCUGGACCGGAAGCUCGCGCAGAUAGAAGAGGCCAUCAAGAUCUUUUCUCGACCCAAAGUUUUUGUGAAGAUGGAUGCCUGAGCCCUUUUGUCAGGGUGGUGGUGGGAGGUCCACAUAGAGGAUUGCCAUGUGACUGCAGAGGGUCAGGUCGGGCUCCAUCAUAGAGCAGAUGUCCAACCAAAGACAGGAGCAGUGUGGUGGGCAGUAUCCCCAGAGCACUCUUCCCAGCCACCAGUGGCUAUAGAAGGACCAUCCCAAACUUUUAAC